AUGCGGGAGGAUGCGUGCCAAGGAGCAGAGAGAGGAGGCUUAUGCUCCUCACAUUUCAGUGAUGCUGUUACACUGACUGUAUCCGAAAAACCCAAAGCGACUGUGAGAGUGAAUCCUCAGAGCUCCGUCUACACUGGAGACACCAUCACUCUGAGCUGUGAGCUGCAGCAGGGGGCUGGAUGGCAGUUUCUCUGGGACAAAUAUAAUCAGUAUUGGCAGUUUGUGAACACUGGAGCUACAAACACCAACACACUCAGAGUGACAGUUGAUACUGCAGGAGAAACCGGGUAUCGGUGUAUCGCACGCAGGCGGAACACAAACUACUACUACACAGACUACAGUAAUGAAGUCAGGAUUACAGUAAGAGUGAGACCUAAACCAGUGGCAUCCGUGAAUCCUGAUAAACAGGUGUUCAGUGGAGACGCCGUCACUCUUAGAUGUGACAUACAGGAUGAAAGUGUCUCUAGCUGGCAGUACAGCUGGUAUAAAGUUCCUUCACACAGUGGUGUCAGUAGUGAACAGGUGUACACAAUCAGUGGUGUUAAAGUGGCCCACACAGGUAACUACACCUGUAGAGGAGCAGAGAGAGGAGGCUCACGCUCAUCACACUUCAGUGAUGCUGUUGCACUGACUGUAUCCGAGAGACCACGGCCAGUACUGAGUGCAUCUCCACAGAGCUGGCUGACUGAAGGAGACUCCGUGACUCUAAGCUGUGAGGUUACAGGCUCCUCUACAGACUGGACAUUCAGCUGGUACACAACUGUUCCCUACAGAUCCGGAUUAACUCAAAUAACAAAUAGUCGUGGCUAUAACAUGUCUGUGGAGCUCCUCUCAGACAGCAGCAGAGGAUCUGGAGGCAAAUACACUCUCAGUCCUGCUGCUCUGAAACACACAGGAGUUUAUAUGUGCAGAGGAGAGAGAGGAGAACCAGCCUUUCACACACCGUACAGCAAUUCACAGCCUCUAUGGGUCACUGGUGAAUCUCCUCCAGUCUCUCUGAUCAUCAAUCCCAACAGAACUCAACACUUUACUUCUGACUCUCUCUCACUGAGCUGUAACUCUAUUGACCAGAGUCGUUCUACUGGAUGGACGGUGAGACGAUACACACACAGUGAGGGAGUGUUAGAUUGUUCUCCAUGUAAAAUCAGCUCCCUCUCCACAUCCUACACUGGAGUUUACUGGUGUCACUCUGAAUCUGGAGAAAACAGGAAUCCUGUUAACAUCACAGUGCAGGAUGGUGCUGUGAUCCUGGAGAGUCCUGUCCAUCCUGUGACUGAGGGACAUCCUCAGACUGUACGCUGUUUAUAUCGAAACCCAAAGCCCUCAAACCCCCGAGCUGAUUUCUAUAAAGAUGGAUCAGUCCUCCAGACACAGACUACAGGAGAGAUGAUCAUCCAUAAGGUCUCAAAGUCAGAUGAAGGUUUCUACCACUGUAAACACCCAGAGAGAGGAGAGUCACUGAAAAGCUGGGUCUCAGUCAGAUGUCCAUCACGUGUAGAAGCUCCAUUCUCAGUGCUCAUGCCGAUCUGCAGUGUCGUGACGGCCUCUCCGUAUCUGCUGGCGACCAUCAUUCUGCUGGUCAAAUGUUACAGAGCUCGAGUGAGACCAAAACCAGUGGCAUCCGUGAAUCCUGAUAAACAGGUGUUCAGUGGCGACGCCGUCACUCUGAGAUGUGACAUACAGGAUGAAAGUGUCUCGAGCUGGCAGUACAGCUGGUAUAAAGAUCCUUCACACAGUGGUGUCAGUAGUGAACAGGUGUACACAAUCAGUGGUGUUAAAGUGACCCACACAGGUAACUACACCUGUAGAGGAGCAGAGAGAGGAGGCUCACGCUCAUCACACUUCAGUGAUGCUGUUACACUGACUGUAUCCGAGAGACCACAGGCAGUACUGAGUGUAUCUCCACAGAGCUGGCUGACUGAAGGAGACUCAGUGACUCUAAGCUGUGAGGUUACAGGCUCCUCUACAGACUGGACAUUCAGCUGGUACACAACUGUUCCCUACAGAUCCGGAUUAACUCAAAUAACAAAUAGUCGUGUCUAUAACAUGUAUGUGGAGCUCCUCUCAGACAGCAGCAGAGGAUCUGGAGGCAAAUACACUCUCAGUCCUGCUGCUCUGAAUCACACAGGAGUUUAUAUGUGCAGAGGAGAGCGAGGAGAACCAGCCUUUCACACACAGUACAGCAAUCCACAGCCUCUAUGGAUCACUGAUGGUGCUGUGAUCCUGGAGAGUCCUGUCCAUCCUGUGACUGAGGGACAUCCUCUGACUCUACGCUGUUUAUAUCGAAACCCAAAGCCCUCAAACCUCCGAGCUGAUUUCUAUAAAGAUGGAUCAGUCCUCCAGACACAGACUACAGGAGAGAUGAUCAUCCAGAAGGUCUCAAAGUCAGAUGAAGGUUUCUACCACUGUAAACACCCAGAGAGAGGAGAGUCACUGAAAAGCUGGCUCUCAGUCAGACGUCCAUCACGUGUAGAAGCUCCAUUCUCAGUGCUCAUGCUGAUCUGUAGUGUAGUGACAGCCUCUCCGUAUCUGCUGGCGACCAUCAUUCUGCUGGUCAAAUGUUACAGAGCUCGAGCUCUAGAUCUGUGUUUCCCAACCGGGGGUACGUGA